AGGUCGUGUUUGUGUUCAGUCUGUUGUAAUGGGGACCGCUGCAAUGAUUUUCGACCUGAACUCUGUGAGCCUGGCUUUGGUUCUGGGUUUGAUCUUUCUAGUUCUGUUUGAGAUGAUGAGGAUUCAUUUCACCAGAGCCCAAAAUCCACCUGGACCCACACCUUUCCCUUUUGUGGGAACAAUACCAUAUUUUAUAAAAGACCCAAUGGGAUCUAUCAGAGCAAUCAGUCAGGAUGAAGAAUUGUCCAGUGUGUACCCGGGAAGAACACCAGCGAUAGUCUUGAAUACACUGCAGAUCACAGAGGAAGCACUGGUCCAAAAGGCUUCAUCUUUUUCUGGAAGACCAGAUUUACCUCUUAUAGAAUGGACUACUAAAGGACUCGGUAUUGCAAUGGUGAAGUACGGUCACUCGUGGAGACAGCAGAGAAGGUUUGCUCUCCACACGCUCAGAAACUUCGGCCUGGGAAAGAAAUCUGUGGAAGAGCGAGUGUUAGAUGAAGCCGGAUACCUGGUUGCUGAGAUGCUCAAAGGAGAAGGAACCGCAUUUGACCCAGGGCACACCGUACAGAAUGCAGUUUCCAAUAUAAUCUGUUCCGUCGUGUUUGGAGAUCGCUUUGAAUAUGAUAACAAACGCUUUGCAUACCUUCUGAAAAUCCUCAAUGAGAACAUCGUAAUGGUGGGGUCACCUGUAGGACAGAUAUUCAACUUGGUUCCUUUCAUCAAACACUUUCCUGGACCUCACCAGAAGAUCAUUCAGAACAACACUGAGCUAGAGGAUUUCAUUCGUGAAGAAGUUAAAGAACACAGACAAACGUUGGAUCCAGAAAACCCACGAGACUUCAUUGAUGCCUAUAUGUUAGAGAUUGAGAAACAAAAGUCACAUGAGGACUCAACAUUUCAUGAGGAGAACAUGGUUAGGUCAGCAGCCGAUCUCUUCUUCGCUGGAACCGACACAACGGCGACCACCAUCAGAUGGGGACUCAUCUUCUUGAUGGACAGCCCAGAUGUACAAGAGCGAUGUCAUGAGGAGAUUGUUCAGGUGUUGGGUUAUGAUCGUCUGCCCAGCAUGGAUGACCGCGACAAACUUCCAUACACAUACGCCACUGUUCAUGAGAUUCAGCGCUGUGCUAACAUUGUUCCUCUUGGUGUAUUUCAUGAAACCACACAGCCAACCAAACUGAGAGGAUAUUACAUUCCCAUGGGAACUAUGAUCAUGACAAACUUAACAGCAAUUUUAAGCAAUAAGGAGCACUGGAAAUGUCCGGAGAAUUUCAAUCCAGAGAAUUUCUUGGAUGAGAACGGACAUUUCUACAAACCUGAGGCGUUCAUUCCUUUCUCAAUCGGUCCGAGGGUUUGUCUCGGUGAGAUCCUUGCGAGGACGGAGCUUUUCCUUUUCUUUGUGUCUCUCCUACAGCGAAUUCAUUUCUCCUGGCCACCAAACUCACAGCAUCCAGACAUGGAUGGAAUCAUGGGCAUAGUGAGAUACCCACACCCCUUUAAAAUCAUCUGCCGUAGCAGAGAUGCCAAAGACUGACCGUCAGUGAUCCGACCCAGACACGCCAACAGACAGAAGAAGAACAUUGAAAUCUGUCUACAUCUACAUUCAGAAUAAAAGAUACAUCUUGUUGAAGGUCCAGGAUUGAUGUAUUAACAAUUUUUCCUAAACAUUUAUAUGAGAAUAAAGAGUAAAAAAGCACUGCACCAGUGCACUACUGGUGAAGCCAACUCUUCUUACAAAACUGUUGUAGAACUGGUUGAGUUUUUGCAUCAUGUGAUUGUGUGAAUUAAAUUACCUUAGUUCAAAUCAUAGCUUAAGCUAUAAGUUACUGGGUAAAACUUAUUUAUACAAUGUUAUCUACAGAUCCUUAAAUUUUUGCCUAGCUGUAGGGUGACCACCACCUACAAAUGAAAUAUGUAACCAAAUUUGUGUGGGACAUUAAAUUGAAACACUGGAAGUGUUAUUCUGCCAUUUAUCUCACAACAAUACUUACAGGCAUGUUUAAGUGUUUGUUUGAAUCUGCUGUCUGCACUUGGGUUCUGUUAACAAUUAACCAAAUACUAACAAUACUAAAUCCAAAGUUUACGGUUUAGAAUUUGGAUAUGAGCAAUAGGAAUAGUGACUUUGCCUUGGCAAAUAAACCGUGAAGUACACAUGAAGGCA